GUUGUUUCCAAACAUUUGUCCUUUUCCUGUUCAUAUAAAACUGAGUUCUUAAUUUCUGGUCACACAGUUUGCCCCAUUUUAACCUAGGGGAAGAAUAGGUAACGUUUAUUUCUUUGUUGUUUCCAUGUAGAUAAGUGUCAUAGCUCGUGAUUCCAAUCGUCUCACCUUCGGGCAAUGAGCCAAAUUUUUUAGUUUAGUUUAAUUAAAAUUCCUAGCGUUUCAUCUGUGCACGCAAAACACCAGCAAUUUUCGACGAAACCAGCUGAAGAACUAUAAAGAUUUUAUCGAGAUUUUAAAAAAAUGUUUUGAAAACCAGGCAUUAUUGUUAUCAAAAUGGGCUUAUACUCCAUCCUAUGCAUAUCGUCAGUGCUUGUCGUCAGUGCCUACGCUGGCUGCUCGAAGAACCUUGUGAGCGACUUAACCUACAAGCUGUCUGGUUACGAAAUCGCCUUCCCAUGCGAGAGCACCAAGAACAUCUACAAGAACACCGGCAGCUACAUCCCCAGGCAUAUCAUCGCCACCAGAAUGCAAAUCUGGAAAGACGAAGCCUACGUAGCCCUGCCUAGGUAUAAGCAUGGCGUGCCUUUCACCCUUGGCAAGUUCAGCUUGAAGCAGAAGGGAUGCAGACCCCAGAUCCAGCCGUUCCCUACGUGCUGGGCCAUGCAAGAAGAGGGCAACUGCGACUCGCUGCAAAAUGUUGUGGACAUCUCCAUCGAUACCCAGAACCAAUUGUGGGCUCUGGACACCGGCAUCGUCAACACCUUGCAACAGCCCAUCCUUCGUUGCUGCCCCAAGUUGGUCGGUUUCAAUUUGUUGACCAGCAUGACUGUCAAAAUAAUUAACUUGAAGCCAUACGUUGUCCCCGAGUCUCGCUUACAACACGUCAUAGUUGACUAUACCAAAGAAGGAAUUGCUUUCGCGUACAUUGCUGAUGGUGGUUCUGGCGCUAUCAUCGUGAUCAACUUGGUCUUGGGAACUGGAUUCAGAAUCGUUCUCCCUAAAGCAAUCACCGAUCACUGCCAGAAAGAUGUCCUGUACAUCCAACUUGCCAGAAAGCCUUCCGGAAAUGUACUGUACUUCUCAUACUUGUCAUCAGGAAGGUUAUUCUCUAUCAAAGCAGACUUCCUCCAAAAAGGAUUGGCCACAGGUACCGUUGUCGAUGUUGGAGCUAAGCCCCAGUGCACUGGCUUGGUACUUUUGGGUACUGAUAAUGGAGCUGCCUUGAUCUUCAGAUACAAAGGCGAGUCGGACAUCUACAUCUGGAAUACUGAGACUCACUUCAAGCCAGAUAACUUCAUUCUUGUCCAAAAGGGAGACGACUGCAGACUGGCUACUCAAGUUGUGGCUGGAUACAAGAAACUUAUGUGGGUUAUUGAAAGCAACUUCCCUGAUUUUGUGCUGGCCACUGAUGGCAGUCUGGGACCAAAUGUUGCCGUCCAUCCUCUUAUCAAAACCUACGAAUAGGUGUUUUAUUUGUUGAACCAAAACUGUGAUCUCGUUUAAUAAAAAAGUUUCUGUUGGAGAACUGUGCCUUAUUCUGACUUCCUGUACUACCGUUUGUAUACGUUUUUUACGCAUGAC